AUGGUGGUGCCGCGCCUGGUCACCCGAGAAGAAGGUGUGGUGCUGCCAGAACCGGCAGAAGGGCUGCUGAGCUUAACAGAGGUCAAAGCAAUUCCGGGAACACUCACUUUGGCACGCUUGUCGGGCCAUUUGCCGCAGAUCGCAAGGAAGGUGUUCAUCUCGCACCACUGGACGUGGCAGGCCGUGUCCGCGGGCGGCGGGGUCGUGAGCAGGCCCUAUGCCUGCCAUGCUGGCUGCUGGGCGAGACAUGGGCAAGACUGCGGCUUGCCCAACUGGGCCACGGGCUGGUCCGUGGGCAAGAAGAGUUGGUGCUGCAGCCACGAGCAGCUGGGCUGCCCCGGUUACCAUUACGGAGGCGGCGGUGGCGGCCACACGCACACGGUGGUCACCACGCACGUGGUCUCAGGCGGUGGCGGUGGCAGCUUCGGCGCCGCCUACACCUUCCACGGCCAUCCCCCGUCCGCGGCUGGCUCUGGCAUGAUGUGGCACUGGGCGACUUCCGGCGGCACGGGUCACUGGGUGCAGGUCCACACGCAUGGCGGCCUGGCCUUCGACUGCUUUGCCGGCAUCACGGUCCAGACCCUAAGUAGGACCAGUAGGACUGGCUUCUGCGGGUGGCGACUCCGACCCAUACUUAAUUGA